AUGAGAUACGAACAAACGUCAAAUUUAUUUUCAAAUGUUUUUUCUCCAAUCGUUGAUGAGGGUCCUAGUCCUCCAGAGCAGUUUACGGCUGUCAAAUUAUCUGAUUCCAGAAUCACCCUGAAAUCUGGCUAUGGAAAAUAUCUUGGUAUAAAUUCAGGUGAACUUGUUGUUGGGCUUUCAGAUGCAAUUGGACCAAGAGAACAAUGGGAACCAGUCCUUAAAAAUGGGAAAAUGGCUUUGUCGGCCUCAAAUAGCUGCUUUAUUAGAUGCAGUGAAGCAGGGGACAUAGAAGCAAAAAGUAAAACAGCAGGAGAAGAAGAAAUGAUCAAGAUUAGAUCCUGUGCUGAAAGAGAAACCAAGAAAAAAGAUGACAUUCCAGAAGAAGACAAAGGAAAUAUAAAACAAUGUGAAGUCAAUUACGUGUGUGUAUGCUUUUCCUUUUAGACCUACAGAUUUGACAGUGAAGUGCUUCUCAAAGUGCUUUCAAAAUAAAUUACCUAAUUAGCUGGGGAUGGUGGUGCAUGUCUGUAGGC